AUGACAGUCACCAGUGUCGUGGGUAAAAUAUUGGAAGAUUUGAGGGAAAAGUCGCUUAUACACUCAAAAAGAAAUAAAAAACAUAAGUUAAAGGAUAGUUUAAGAACAAAAUCCAGUAGAAGUAAUGCUAAAGUAGAUGAAAUUGUUAAAAGAAGAAGAUUCAUAUUCAAGCCCUUCAACAAUUCUUUAACGAACUCUGAUUUUUUCACACGACUUGUGAAUAGUUCACCAAAACCUCCAGUUUUACGGUCUAUACACCACCCAGUUGUUAAUCACCUACUUAAAUUGUCCUAUAGCUCAAAUUACAGGAGUUACAGAGGAUUGGUAUUACUGUCUAGUUUGAAGCUAAUAAAGGAAUACUGUAGCCGUAACGGUCCUUGUAACAGGAUAUACACAACAUCCCACUCAAAUAAGUUACUCUCUGACCCAGAUGUCAAGUUCGAUAAGGUUUUGUUAGUUUCUAAAAAAGUUCUCCAGAAGGUUGGGAACUUGAAAUCAUACGAUAAAGGCCUUCUGGCUGAGGUGCCUUAUCCAAAACCAUCACCAACACUUGGGAUUCCAAAACUAGUGCUUUGUCUUUGUCCAAGUACUAAAAAGACAAAUAGGACCACGGAGUCUGAUUUAGGAACUUUAAUUCGAUCUGCUCAGGCUCUUCAAUGGCAGGCCGUCUGGGUUCUUCAAAACGGCAACAUUGAUCUUCUGGACCCUCUAACGAUUCGGUCAUCUCAUUAUUCAUUGUCAACGAUUCCUUACUCAAGAGGGACAAUUGACGAGACACUUGAGUUUGCAAAAAAGAAUGAUUUGCUUCUUUGCCACUGCUGUAAAGACGGAAUUAAAGUCGACUCUGAGACUUUCUCUCAGAAAAUAAGUUCACACAAGGGGAUUAUGCUCAUGGCAGGAAACUUACCCUACGAGCUGUUUUCAAAGAGCACAAAGUUGUCAGUGAUCCCGAGAACCGGAUUUUCAGAAGAUGGCAACUCAGUCAUUGUAGGAUCAGACGUGGGUUUUGUUGGGAGUAUCUCGGCAGGAAGAAAGUAUACCUUAGAUGACCAGGUACAAACCGCAGUUUCGAUGUACUUGAUUAAGAAGAUGUUCUUUAAUAACCUUCCAUCGUCACCAUUCAUACACCAGUUUACUGCCAACUUUUGUGGAAUUAAAGUUAAUUUAAAAUAAGGAGACAUGUAAAGUACAUAGUGUGGAUAAAAUAUUGAACAAGAGCUAAUUAAAUUAUCUAUAAAGAAUUAUUCUUGGGUAAAUAGUCCUGGCGGAGUUUCGAGUUGUACCUCGGGCCAUUGGGCCUCCUAAAAAAGCCUUUGCUUCUGUGAUUUGACCUAAUAAUAGGACUCAAAUCGUGAUUCUGACGGCGCACAGAGGACCCGGAAUAGUACAUCUCGCUUCUCGCAGAACAAACACCUAUAUAUUUGGAAAUCGAUAGGAAACCAGAGGAGUAAUCGAUGGGACCGUUGAAGGACCUGGGCCUGUGUUUGUUACGAAAAGUCGGUUUUCGUGGCCCUCCAGGCCUCCUGAAAUUCUUGUUUCGGGAGUUGAUGACGACGGGAGUGCCGUCUGACAUUUUCAGCCCGAACCAGAGAUCUGAGGGGUUUUCGCACAUGUUGAACCUGCUGUCGCUGUGAAUGUUCACCAUUCCACAGGUGGAGUCAAUAUCACUGUCCGAAUUACUAUAAGACGAUUUGUUUAUCUUCGAGUUUGUUUUAGUCGACUGGUACUGCAGAGAGCUCGAGCUCUUCUUUGCGCACCACAAGUAGUUUUUCGCAGAUGGUUUCUCGGGCAAUCCAUUUGAGACACCCAGCAAUGUCUCGGGCGAGCACACCGUCUCCAUGUCCUCCAGGAGAGCGUCCAAGUUCACGUCAGACAAAUGCACCACCUCAGUAACCGGAUCUUUGACCACAGCAGCUUCACCGGCCGUAACCUGAUUCACCAGAUCCAUCGCUCAGAUCUCUAAAGUUAAUUAUCCAUACCUAACAGCUAAUACAUGGAUCAUAUAUGUGUAUAUAAGUAAGUUUAAAUCAAAAUUAAAAAUCGACAUUAUCUUUACCAAGAUAGAAAUAUAAUUAACAUGCUACUACUAAUAUGGAUAUGAUAAAAACAGAAUUUUGGGUAUAUUGAAUUUUACAAGGUGAAAGGAUAAAUUUACGGUGUGAAUUUACCUUUAUAUAGCAAUAUCCUUUGAUUACACCUUUUAAAAAUUAUGAAUUAAAUACACAAAAUCUGUUAAAUCUCCACCGUUUACGAAACGGGGAGCAGAUAUUAUUAUAUCUGCAUAAACACUAUUUGAUGUGGAAAAUUAUCUCUCAAUUCAUCUUAUGAGGAUAUAUGUAAUUAAAAUUAAAAAUAUAUCUAUCGUACAAUUAAUAAACAACUGAUACUGAAUGUAAUUUCGAAGACGUAUUGAUAAAAAUCUAUACUGUGGGGACCAAUUUUGUUUCUAAAAUUUAUAUCAUUAAACAAUUGAAUCUGUUAAAUAUAAAAAGCUUAUUUCGUUCAACAGAUUGUGAUCUUUGUAAAAAAUUUGUAUAUAUACAGUCA